AUGGCAGAAGUUUUGCAUGCCAAAGGAUCGGUUAAGGGUGAGAUGUUUGAUGAUAGCGAGGUGAAUAUCAAAAGUGAAUAUUUUGAUGUAAAGAUGGAGGAUAUUCCCGCAGACAAUUCCGAUGUCUUUUUUGGUUCCGAUUCUGAUAAUUUUUAUCCUGGAAGUGAGCAGUACGGCGACCUAUUUCUCAUGGAUCCUCAUGAUCUCCUGGGUGUUCAAGAAGAAGUUAUCGGCAGUGAACCUUCAAAUGCAUCUGAUGAAAUCCUUGUUCCUACAGUAAAUGAAGUAGUUUCUCCCCGCAAAAUUACCCGACGAUCAGCAGCAAAGUCCAAAUCAGUAGUUCCCUCUGAACCUAUCCGUGAAUCCGUAGACACUUCUGAUUCAGAUGAAUUCACCUUGAAUGUCCCCAUUCACCCGGCUGGUAGACAAAAAGCUUCUAUAAAUCCACAAUCUCGUGUUCCCAUUCAAAUUUGUCCAUCUUUUCCCUCUUCACGACCAAGAAUUAUUAAAAUUUCCACUAAUGCCUCCAGUAGUACUCGGUUGAAUGUGAUUCCACAUUUUGGAGUUCCUACCCAAAGAAUAUUGGCUUUCAGAAGAAAAUCUGAUCUUGGACGUCAGUUUCUUCCUCGUGUCCAAAGUCAGCCAGUUUCUCAAACUGCUAGUGUUCUAUCAGUAAGGUCUGCUACCGCUACCGCAAAGCCAAAGAGCGUUUCUCGUGUUUACAAUGCACAAAGAUUAGGAGUUACUACUCCCUCUUCCUUCUCCACUCAGCAUCAUCGAGGCGUUGGUAUACAGUCAGGUCGAGCUGUCGCCUGUCCUCACAAAAAUUGUGGUAAACUUUUUCGUGACAACUCAGCGAUGCGGAAGCAUUUACAUACUCAUGGCCCCAGGGUCCACGUUUGUGCUGAAUGCGGCAAGGCUUUUGUUGAAUCUAGUAAACUCAAACGACACCAAUUAGUGCACACUGGGGAAAAGCCAUUCCAAUGCAAUUUCGAAGGUUGUGGGAAGCGUUUCUCUCUGGAUUUUAAUCUCCGGACCCACUAUCGUAUCCACACUGGUGAUCGGCCUUAUAUUUGUCCUGUUGAGGGUUGCUCAAAACGGUUUGCUCAAUCUACAAACCUUAAAUCGCAUUUAUCGACACACAACAAGGUUCGCUUUCGUGGUCGAGGAGGUAGUUCGCAACAACAGACUUCCACAACGUCAUCAUCUUUUCUGCAGAGAUCCGCCAACAGCAGCUCAUUGCUUUUUGACGACGAAUACGACCCAUUUUAUCAGAACACUUAUCAGCAGAGUGGUUCAUCAAUUCGUUCAGUUAUGCUCUCUUCAACCUCCCACACCUUCCCUGGAGAAUUCGCCGAAAGCUCCCGUGUUCGGGUGGGCAGUAACGGCAAUUCUGUCUGCAUUCACUUUCCCUCCACAGGAAUGAUUUCUGAAGAGCCGGAAGACGAUGUUGACAUUAGCGACGAAACGACAGGAUUAAUAAUCGAUGAGCCGACACCCACCUCUUCUCGAAGCAGUGUUAGGCGAAAAUGCAAGGUGGAGAGUGAUCUCUUGAGUGAUGCUAACUCUUUUUUAUAG